AUGGCUUCGAAUACUUCAUUAUUAGGGCGUAGAAGAACAUCAUACUCCUCUACCAACCCAACAAGAGUGAAAAAGUCGGUUGACCAGCAUGAAAUUCUUUUUGAUAAUGUUGACUACAAUAAUGAUAACCUCGAUGAUAACAAUAGGAUAUUUGAAACCGUACCUUAUUACUUACCAUGCUUCUCGUGGCUUCCGGAAUAUACUUUCAAUAAACUAUGGGGAGAUAUCAUUGCAGGUAUCUCCCUAGCAUCAUUUCAGAUACCCCUGGCACUAUCGUACACAACUUCGAUAGCACAUGUCCCGCCAUUAUGUGGACUAUAUUCCCUGGCUAUUAGUCCGUUUGUGUAUGGUAUCUUGGGUUCAGUUCCCCAAAUGAUCGUUGGCCCGGAAAGUGCAAUUUCACUGGUUGUAGGACAAGCAGUUGAAUCUAUAACACUACAUAAAGACAAUGUAUCACUAAUUGACAUUUCAAUAGUUAUUACAUUUGUUAGUGGUGCAAUUUUACUCUUUUCUGGCAUUUCCAGAUUUGGUUUUUUAGGAAAUGUUCUUAGUAAAGCAUUACUACGAGGUUUCAUAAGUUCCGUAGGACUGGUUAUGAUAAUCAACUCUUUAGUUUCUGAGCUGAAGCUAGACAAAUUUUUAAUGAGCUUGCCCCAACAUUAUCAUACACCUUUCGAGAAGGUACUUUUCCUUAUUGAUUACGCACCAGCGCAAUACCACAAACCAACGGCGAUAUUCAGUGGAUGCUGCUUCAUUAUUCUCAUUGUCAUGCGUGUAUUAAAGAGGAAAUUGAUGAAACGCCACAAGAGUGCAGUAUUCUUUCCAGAUAUACUAUUGGUGGUAAUUGCUACAAUUCUCAUUUCCAUGAAAUGGAACUUAAAGCAGAGGUAUGGUAUAUCUAUCGUCGGCGAUUUUAGUAUGGAUAACCUGGAUAAAUUAAAAAAUCCUUUGACUCACUCCAGACGUAAGCUAAUGCCAGAAUUAUUUAGUGCAUCCUUGAUUGUAGCGAUGUUAGGUUUUUUCGAAUCUACUACUGCAUCCAAAUCUCUAGGAACAACCUACAACCUAACCGUUUCCUCCAACAGAGAACUGGUCGCUUUAGGGUGUAUAAAUAUGUUCAUCUCGUUAUUUGGUGCUCUUCCCUCAUUUGGUGGAUAUGGGAGAUCCAAAAUCAACGCUCUGUCAGGAGCACAAAGCGUUAUGUCCGGAGUCUUUGUGGGUAUUAUCACCCUUGUCACAAUGAACCUAUUGCUUCAAUUCGUGCAUUAUAUACCCAACUGCGUUUUAUCUGUUAUUACAACUGUGAUUGGGAUAAGUUUAUUAGAGGAAGUGCCUGGUGAUAUAAAAUUCCAUUUACAUUGCGGUGGCUAUAGUGAAUUAUUCGUUUUCGCUGUUACGUUUGGCAUUACAAUAUUUUAUUCAAUCGAAUCGGGAAUAUGUAUAGGAUGUGUUUAUUCUAUUUUGAAUAUAAUAAAGCACUCAGCAAAAUCAAGGAUUCAAAUCCUGGCUAGGAUAGCAGGAACAUCGAAAUUUACAAACCUUGACGAUUAUUUAAGGACCACAAAAAAGAACCCACUAGCAGUUGAGGGCAGAAUCGAAGAGAUUGAAGGAUGUAUGAUUGUUAGAAUUCCAGAGCCUUUGACUUUUACCAACAGCGAAGAUUUAAAACAGAGACUUGAUAGGAUAGAGAGAUUUGGUUCAUCUAAAAUACACCCUGGAAGAAAGUCAUUUCGAUCGAAGGACUCCAUAAAAUAUGUUAUUUUUGACCUAGGCGGAAUGACUUCAAUAGACUCCUCAGCCGCCCAGGUACUAGAUGAAAUCAUUUCCUGUUACAAGAGGCGUGACGUUUUCAUUCACCUUGCUAAUGUAUCGAUUAAUGAUAAGAUACGGACGCGAUUGUUGAAAGCAGGCGUAACACCUAAUGUGGAAAGGGUACAAACAAAUGCCAAUGAAGGCAAUACUAGAAGUGCAUGCGAUGAUAUGCAAGAGUCAUAUUCUCCUUACUUCGACAGUAUUGAUGCGGCUCUUUAUGAGGUUGAAAAAAUGAAAAUUAAAGGAAAUAAUAUUCAAAGCAAUGAUUCGGAAAGUUUUAUGUCUAAUACUCUUUUCAACUCUAGUCUGGUGUAG